AUGGAAAAAGUACCGGCCGGUAUCCUACUGGCCGGUAUCCUUGUCCCGCGUCCCAAAACCCUUGCCAAUAUUCUAUUCCGGUUCUUUCCCCCCCCUCAAAUCUUCACCAAUGCCCUCCUCUCAAACCAAGAUAUCACCGCCCUAAUCCGCGACACCGAACCACACGAACGCGCCCUCUUCUCCGUUCCUCCACCCCCACCACCCCCAACCAACAUCGCUCCGGAACCCAAAUCUUCUUCUUCCCGCCGGCAAACCGUCUUCAACGUAACAUCUGGCGAAGUAGCUCCUGCAUCUGGACCCAACGGUCGGGCGCCCAGGCGCAAUACUGCUGUUGCUGCUGUUCUUGGCGCAGAAUUACAUUCGCAGGUGCGCAAAACGGAGAGUGGGAGGGGAGAAAUUGAUGUAGGGGUUUUGUUGAAGGGGGCGGAGAAAUUAAAUGCAGUGUAUCCGGUUCAAGGGGUUCCGGAGAGGAUAAGGGGUUUGAGGAAUAGGUAUGCGCAGUUGAAGGAGAGUGUGAAGAGACAUGAACAGAAAGUGCAGAAACAGACGAGAGAAUUGGAGAAGAUGAAUAGAGUGGAUGAAUUUGAGAGUGGUGGGGAGGAGAUCCAGCAGGAGAUGGAGGAACCGUCGGAGAUAGAGGUUACGGAUGAGGAUUUGAAGAGGGAGGAGCAGGAGAUUAGGGAGUUGGAGAGAAAUAAGAGAGCAUUGGAAGAGAGGGUCACCGGGAUGGAAAGGGAUUUGGGAGGAUUGCUGAGAUGA